AUGAUUGCCACUCGAUUGAUCCUUUGCCUCUCCUUGAGCGCCAUUGGCGGCGCGGCCCAGGCCCUUGAGUCUCCAGACUUCAAUGUUACCCAACAACUGCUGGACCUCGGCGUCAACGUCGGUGCUCUUCCGGAGCUGUCAAACUUCGUGGAGCGCCGUUCCGCCACUCUCCCUUGUGCUGCUGCGGUUCGUUACCUCGCUGCCUACCCCUGCAGACAAGGCGAGGCUCCUUACGAGAGUUUCACGGGUGCCUAUUGGUCUGAGAAUCAGGGCGAGGUCGACCCUUACUGCAUCUUCAAGCCGGCCAACCCAUCAGCAAUCUCUGUGCUCGUCCUCCUGUCGCGACUCACGCAAUGCCCCUUUGCUGUCAAGAGUGGCGGCCACGCUGCCUUUGCCGGCGCGUCCAGCAUUGAGGGGGGCAUCACCGUGUCGCUGGAGAAGAUCAACCAAGUCACGCUCUCAAGUGACAAGAAGACGGUGGUCAUCGGAGCGGGCAACCGGUGGUCCGAUGUGUACCGGAAGCUUUCAAAAUCAGACGUGACCGUUACCGGCGGCCGCGUGUCUAGCGUUGGCGUUGGGGGUCUUUCCCUCGGAGGCGGCAUCUCAUUCUUCUCCAACCUUCACGGUUGGGCAUGCGACAAUGUUGAGAGCUACGAAGUCGUUACCGCCACGGGCAUCAUCCUCACGGCGAGCCCGAAGCAGAACCCGAACCUGUACUGGGCGCUCCGCGGCGGCGGCAACAACCUCGGCAUCGUGACCAACUUCACGUUCCGGACGAUCCCGCUGCCGGGCGGCCAGCUGUGGGGCGGCACCAAGACGUUCAUGGAGCCGGCCCUCGACGCCGUCGUCGACGCCUUCGCCGGCAUGGUGACGGACUCGCCGCAGGACCCCAACGCCGGCCUCUGGGUCGCCUGGCUCAAGAACAGCGGCCUCAAGCUGGCGGCCACGGAGCUCUGGUACGCCAAGCCCGACGGCGGCUCGGCCGCCAUCUUUGACGCCUUCAACGCCAUCGCGCCCAUCGCCGACUCGAUCGGCAACAAGUUCCUGCCCGACUACACCGACGGCCACGAGGCGAGCAACCCGUCGGGGCUGCGCGAGAUCUACUACGGCCUCACCGUCAAGGCGGACGUGCGCCUCGCGCGCCUCGCCCGCGACAUUUUCUACGACGAGUACCCGGCCGCCGAAGCCGUCGCCGGCGCCAACCCCGUCAUGAUCUUCCAGGCCAUCACGACGGGCCAGAUGGCCCGCAUGCGCGCCAACGGCGGCAACCCGCUCGGUCCUCGACGCCGCCGACGGGCCCCUCUACCUCAUCCACGUCGCCUGCGGGGGGCAGGAUGCCGCCGGCGACGCCGCCAUCCACGCCAUGAUCUCGACCGUGCUGGCGCGCAUCACGGCCGAGGCCAAGGCCCUCGGCCUGCAGAACGACUACGUCUACAUGAACUACGCGAGCGCCUUUCAGGACGUCAUCAGGGGCUACGGCGCCGCCAACGCCGCCCGGCUGAAGAGCAUUGCCAGCACCCCGGCCACUUCAAGUUGAACCGCGCCCCGGUGACGGGUACGGGGUACUUCUCGGGUCUUGAUGCGUAG